CAGCAGGGCGCGACGCCGCCGGUCUGCCCCGCCCAGGGAGGCGCCCAGGCCCUCAUCAAGUGACCAAUAUCCCUUCCAGGAGAACACGGUCCUUCGGAGGGAAGCGAGCUCCAGGCUGCAGCCCCGGCGCCAAACCGCCGUCAUCUCCUUCCUGUGCGGGGUGAUCUAUCUCCUUACCCACCCGGAAAAACAUAGUUCGCCCCUUGUGUCCUUGUGGAACGGCGUGCGCGUUCCCAGCAGGGUUCCUACUUAGCUUGAACCCUUGUCUUGCGUAUUCAAGCCCUCUGGGACCCACCGAGAAGAGAAAUCAGCCCUAAAGAGAGACCUCAAGAGAGAAGAAAGAGAGGAAGGGAGAGGCGAGGCCGGCGGAGGGACACGAAGGGAAAGGUGUAGUGCGCACGCGCGCGCGAAGAACGAGUUCCGGUCUGGCCGAGGCCUGGCUCCUAAAAAUAGCCCCGCUGUGGGGAUCCGUGCGCGGAUGUCCCGGCGAGUCCCGGGCUGAAGGAGGCGGCUCCGGGCGGCGCGGAGUGCUGUGGCGGGCCGGGGCUGCGGCGUGUGUGCGCCCGCCGGCGGCAGCGGACACCCGGAAUUGCGUCUUGUGAAAAAGGAACAAAGGAGAAUUUUCAGCAAGGAUCAAAUUAGGAACAACUGUUUACUGUAACAAUAAGAAGAAAAGGCCAGAGGACAUGAAUUAUAUGAUCUAAGGAAAGAUUUUCAAGUAAAAGGUCAAGCAGAUUGUAUUGAAAAUUUCAGCUAUAGCCCUUGGACUGGAAGCUGAAAUAAUAGAAGCUGUGUACGAUGCAUUAGGAUAUUGAAGAAAAUUAAUUUUUGAAUUAAUUAUUUGUAAUACAAGGAAGGAAACGUGACUGAAAAUGGGGCGGAAGAAAAUACAAAUCACACGCAUAAUGGAUGAGAGGAACAGACAGGUCACUUUUACAAAGAGAAAGUUUGGAUUGAUGAAGAAAGCUUAUGAACUUAGUGUGCUCUGUGACUGUGAAAUAGCACUCAUCAUCUUUAACAGCUCUAACAAGCUGUUUCAGUAUGCCAGCACUGACAUGGACAAAGUUCUUCUCAAGUAUACAGAAUACAACGAGCCUCAUGAAAGCAGAACCAACUCAGAUAUUGUUGAGGCUCUGAACAAGAAGGAACACAGAGGGUGCGACAGCCCAGACCCUGAUACUUCAUAUGUGCUAACUCCACAUACAGAAGAAAAAUAUAAAAAAAUUAAUGAGGAAUUUGAUAAUAUGAUGCGGAAUCAUAAGAUCGCACCUGGUUUGCCACCUCAGAACUUCUCAAUGUCUGUCACAGUCCCUGUGACCAGCCCUAAUGCUUUGUCAUACACUAACCCAGGGAGUUCACUGGUGUCACCAUCUUUGGCUGCCAGUUCAACAUUAGCAGAUUCAAGCAUGCUGUCUCCACCUCCGGCUGCGUUACAUAGAAAUGUAUCCCCUGGAGCUCCUCAGAGGCCACCAAGUGCUGGCAAUGCAAGUGGAAUGCUGAGCACUACAGACCUCACAGUGCCAAAUGGAGCUGGAAGUAGUCCAGUGGGAAAUGGAUUUGUAAACUCAAGAGCCUCUCCAAAUUUGAUUGGAAAUACUGGUGCAAAUAGUUUAGGCAAAGUCAUGCCUACAAAAUCUCCCCCUCCACCAGGUGGUGGUAAUCUUGGAAUGAAUAGUCGAAAACCAGAUCUCCGAGUCGUCAUUCCCCCUUCAAGCAAGGGCAUGAUGCCACCACUAUCGGAGGAAGAGGAAUUGGAGUUGAAUACCCAAAGGAUAAGCAGUUCUCAAGCCACCCAACCUCUUGCCACCCCAGUAGUGUCUGUGACAACUCCAAGCUUGCCUCCACAGGGACUAGUAUAUUCAGCAAUGCCGACAGCCUACAACACUGAUUACUCACUGACCAGCGCUGACCUGUCGGCCCUGCAAGGCUUCACCUCCCCAGGAAUGCUGUCUCUGGGGCAGGCUUCAGCCUGGCAGCAACACCAUCUAGGACAAGCAGCCCUCAGCUCUCUAGUGGCUGGAGGGCAGUUAUCUCAGGGUUCAAAUUUGUCCAUUAAUACCAACCAAAAUAUCAACAUUAAGUCAGAGCCAAUUUCACCUCCCCGGGAUCGCAUGACCCCAUCAGGCUUCCAGCAGCAGCAGCAGCAGCAGCAACAGCAACAGCAGCAGCAGCAGCAGCAGCAACAGCCACCGCAACCACCACCACCACCACCACAACCUCCACAGCCUCAGCCCCGGCAGGAAAUGGGGCGCUCCCCCGUGGACAGUCUGAGCAGCUCCAGCAGCUCCUAUGACGGCAGUGACCGAGAAGAUCCACGGGGUGACUUCCAUUCUCCAAUUGUGCUUGGCCGACCUCCAAACACUGAGGACAGAGAAAGCCCUUCUGUAAAACGCAUGAGGAUGGACGCAUGGGUGACCUAAGGCUUCCUGGCUCGUGUUUGUACUUUGUGUUACUGCAGUGAACUGCCGUACAUAUCUAAAUUGGUAAAUAAGGACAUGAGUUCAGUAUAUUUAUAUGUACAUACAUACAUAUAUAUCCCUUUACAUAUAUAUGUAUGUGGGUGUGAAUGUGUGUAUGUGUGGGUGUGUGUUGCAUACACAGAAUCAGGCACUUAAUGCAAACUCCUUGUAGGUCUGCAGAUGUGUGUCACAUGGCAGACAAAGCACCCUGUAGGCACAGACCAGUCUGGCACUUCCUUGGACUACUUGUUUCGUAAGAUAACCAGUUUUUGCAGAGAAAUGUGUACCCAUAUAUAAUUCUUCCACACUAGCCUGCAGAAACCUAGGGGGCCCCUACUUGUUUUAUUUAACUGUGCAGUGACUGUAGUUACUUCAGAAAAAAAAAAAAAAAAGCUUUGUAGAACAGAGCAGUAGAAAAGCAGGAAUCAAGAAAGCAAUACUGUACAUAAAAUGUCAUUUAUAUUAAUUACCCAACCUGGCAUGGGUCUCUAUUGCAAAGGGGUGCAUGGGAAAGGGCUGUUGAUAUUAAAAAACAAAAAACAAAACAAAAAGCCCCACACAUAACUGUUUUGCACGUGCAAAAAUGUAUUGGGUCAAAGAAGUGAUCUUUAGCUAAUAAAAAGAGAGAAUAGAAAACACGCAUGAGAUAUUCAGAAAAUACUAGCCUAGAAAUAUAGAGCAUUAACAAAAUAAAAUUAAUAUAUUAAGUUAUAAUUGGAAUAUGUCAGAAGUUUCUUUUACAUUCAUAUCUUUAAAAUUAAAGAAACUGAUUUUAGCUCAUGUAUAUUUUAUAUGA